AUGAGUCGAGCUGUAUUAAACAAACUUUUAUCUCAUUCAUUUGAAAAUUAUAAUAUUCUUUUUAAUGAACUUAAAUUUCAUAAUCAUAAUCCACAUCAUUUAGGUUCACUUUAUUUAUUGGGUGCAACUGAUGAUAAACUGGAAAAAGCUUAUGAAGUUAUGUGUGAAAGACUUGUUCCAUAUGAAACAUCUCCGAAUGAAAUAAAUCUUUCCAAUUGGCGAAAAUAUCUUGGUAAUAAAGAUUUUUGUAAAAGCUAUCGAGAUUUUUUUCAUGAACAAUUAACAACAAGUGGAAAUGAUUGGCAGAAAAAAUUGAAGGAAUUCUUAUUAGACAAUCAAGAACAUCCAUUAAUUAAUGGUGUUAUUGGUGGUUUAGCACAUGCACUUAUUCAUAUUGGUUAUGCAUUUGAAUUAGAUAGUCAAAUUGUAGGUACUGAAGCAUUAGCAAUGAGUGCUGUUAGUUAUAAUUAUCUUCAUGAAGUUGUCGAUACAUUAAAACCACCAACAUCUCCUUCAAAAUCAGCUAUAGAAAUUUUUAAAGAUAUUCGUUUAGAUAAUCGUUUACCAAUUUAUGAUACACCUAAUGCUGAUAGACUUGAAGAGAUUGUUAAAAAUUAUACUGAUCUUAUUCUAUCUCAUUAUAAUCAAUGGAAAAUGAAUAAAGAAAAUAUUGAAAAAACAAUUGAAGAAUUAUUUGAUUUGGCGGUUUAUGCUUAUGGUGCAACACAUAAACCAAAUGAUAUUGAAUUUGAUUUUUUCUUACUUCAUUUAGUGACUGCUAUGCAUGCUAUUCGUAUAAUAUAUCCACAUAUAAAUAAUCAACAAAUAUCUGAACAUGUUCUGCUUGCAUUUUUUUAUUUUGCUAUUGUUAUAUAUAUAUGUCAAUUACGACCUGAAAUAAAUGAACAUCUUAUUAAUGAUUAUAAAAUUGAUAAUGAAAAAAAUAAUUGGAAUUAUGUUAUUGAACGAAUUUUAAAUACAGAAUUAAUAAAUGGCGCUCAUGCUGUUAAAGUCUUACGAGCUUUAAAAGAUGCGGAAAAAGUUUAUGGCCAUAAAGAUGGAUUUUAUUUAAAAACUGCAGUUAAAACUGUUGAUAAUGUGAAUAUUGAAGAUAUGUGGGUUGGAGGAUCGAAUGAUCAACGACAAUUAAAUGUACUCAAACGUUGA